CUAAAUAAUUAAAAAAAAAAAACCUUUUUAUUUUGAAUCACAUGUCUCUUGUUUCGGCGGUUUGUUAGGCCUCAAUUUUUCCGCCACCAAUUUCAAUUAUUUUCUUUUACCAGUAUUUCGCCUAAAAUCUCUCUAGUCAAGCCAACGAUACCUUCCAGGAACCGAGGAAAUAGGAGGAAAAUUAGAAAUUCAAUUUGUCAUAAACAAUUCCAUUUUUGGAAGACCAAUUCAAAUUGGGUUUUUAUCUUUUCAAGAAAAGCCUCUUCAUUCUCAUCCCUUUCUUAUAAUUUGGAGGCUUUUCUUGAUCUAGAUUCUAGAGACUCAAAUUUAGCUGGAGAUUAGGAUUUGUUUUUUUGUUUGAGAAAAAAAAGAUUCGUUUUUGAUUGAAACCCUAUUGUGAUUUGAUGGCGGUUGUGUUUGAAUCGUGAAGGGCGUCGAUCGUUUCUCUGAAUCUUGCUGUGAAAUUUUGAUGAAUCUUGAUUUUAGCGAAGAAGACUGGCUUGUGAACAUAGAUUUUGUUCCCAGGCCUUUGAUUCUGCCUGUUGGGAAUAAAUCGUUUUGCUUCUCUAUUCCAAGAGAUAGAUGGGAUAAGGAGUUCUAUAAAUUGAAGGGUGGAUAAAUAAUUUGUUCUUUGUUUUUUUCGAUUUUGGUUGAAAAUUGGGUGAAAAAGAUUGGAUCUUUGGGAUUGAAUUGUUGAAAUUAGAUUUCGAAGAUGAUGAAUUCAUCACAGGGUUCUACUCUGUCAUCAAAUGUGACUGGAUUUGCAGGAGCAGCCUCUGCUCACAGGGAGGCUCACAGAGAGGCCAAAUAUAUAGAUACAGUUCCUGUGUAUGUAAAGGAGCUGAUUGCUGGUGGUGCAGCUGGUGGAUUUGCUAAGACGGCCGUUGCCCCGUUGGAACGAACUAAGAUACUUCUGCAGACUAGAACGCAAGGUUUUCAGUCUCUAGGGGUUUACCCCUCUUUGAAGAAGCUACUGAAGCAUGAAGGUGUAGCAGGAUUUUACAAAGGGAAUGGAGCAAGUGUACUUCGGAUUGUACCCUAUGCAGCAUUACAUUUCAUGGCCUACGAGCAGUACCGUUCACGAAUCUUGGAUAACUACUCGGCUUUGGGAACGGGUCCCGUUGUGGAUCUCUUAGCCGGCUCGGCUGCUGGUGGUACUGCAGUUUUAUGCACUUAUCCACUAGAUUUGGCUCGCACCAAACUCGCGUACCAGGUUGUAGACACCAGAAGCAAUUUGCAGCAUGGAGCGAGACAAUUUAAUGCCAAUCCUUCUUACAAUGGAAUUGGAGAUGUAUUCAAGAGAGUCUACAAAGAAGGGGGAGUCCGCGGUCUCUACCGUGGCAUAGGUCCGACACUUAUAGGUAUUCUUCCGUAUGCUGGCCUGAAGUUUUAUGUCUACGAGGAACUCAAGAGGCACGUCCCCGAAGAACACCAGAAGUCGAUUGUAAUGCGGCUAUCCUGUGGAGCCAUAGCCGGUGUACUUGGACAGACUUUGACGUACCCGUUAGAUGUUGUGAGGAGGCAGAUGCAGGUCGAGCAUUUGCAACCUUCAUCGCAAGGUGGUCAAGUGUAUAAGAGCACGUGGGAGGGGCUCGCUUUCAUCGUCCGUAAUCACGGUUGGAGACAGUUGUUCGCUGGCCUAAGCAUCAAUUACAUCAAGGUUGUACCUUCUGUUGCGAUUGGAUUCACGGUUUAUGACGCGAUGAAGGUUCAGUUGCGAAUUCCUCCUCGUCAAAAAUCGAACGCAACGGCAUCCGCAUAAUGUAUAGAGAGAGCAGAGCUCGACUUGAUAGUAAACGAGUUAUAGCUAAAAUUCUUUUUAUGAAUAGUGCGAUGAAUGACUGUUGUGUGUAGGUUGUUAAUUUAGGAAUUCAUUGGACGUUGAAUUCAUCAUAAACGAUCACUAAUUAAGUUUUUGGUUUCAAAGAUAUCAA